UUAUUAAAAGUCUCCUGACAAAAACAGAAAAAAAAAUGACAGACCGACGCCCAUCACCAACCGAAAACGUAAAAGUUUUCAUAAGAAUCCGCCCCCUACAGCCCACAGAGACCAGUAGCAACCUUACCAUACACUCCGACGACUCCGUCACCAUCAACAGCCCAAAAGAACCGAAAACCUUCAGUUUCAGUAAAAUCUUCGACGAAAAAUCCACCCAGUUGGACGUUUACCAAACUGUAGCAUCACCACUGGUCAACCAAGCCCUAAACGGUUACAACGGCACCAUUUUGGCUUACGGCCAGUCCGGAACUGGUAAAACUUUCACCAUCUUGGGCGACAACAAGAGUACGGACCUGCGCGGUAUCGUUCCUAACGUAUUCUCACACAUACUGAGCCAAAUCGCCUUGAGCGACAGCAGCACGUCCUACCUACUCACCGUCACUUUCCUGGAAAUCUACAAUGAGGAAGUGAGAGACCUGCUGAGCUACACCGGUAAGAAACUGGAAGUGAGGGAGAGUCCGGAGUAUGGAGUUUACGUGAAGAACCUCUCGGGUGUAACGGUGGAAUCCACUGAGCAAGUCUUCGAUAUCAUCUCCAAAGGCUUGAAAAAUCGAGCGUUAGCUUGCACCAGCCUAAACACCCAAAGCUCCAGAUCCCAUGCUAUAUUUACCAUUUUAAUAGAAGCCAAACAUGAGGAUCAAUCAACCACUUAUGCCAAGCUGAACUUGGUCGAUCUAGCUGGAUCUGAGAGAGCAUCCAAGAGUAUGGCCUCUGGAGAUCGCUUAAAGGAGGCCAGCAAGAUCAACUUAUCCCUAAGUGUAUUAGGCAACGUCAUUUCAGCCCUAGUGGAUAACCCCAACAGCCACAUCCCUUAUAGAAAUUCCAAGCUCACCAGGCUGCUCCAGGACUCCUUGGGGGGCAGCUGUUUGACCUCCAUGAUAGCAACCGUAAGCCCCUGCAUGGAACAUCUGGAAGAAACUUGCUUCACCUUAAUGUAUGCCGUUCGGGCGAGAAAAAUCAAAAACGUCAUCAAAAGAAACGAGGAGAACCUCAGCGUCCUGAGGAGCUUCGAGGAGAAAAUCAAGACCUUACAAAAGCAACUCAACGAGCUCGAGAGGGGCCAACUGGUAAAAAAGAAGACUAAUAAUAAAGAGAGAGAUAUGGAGCUUGAAGCUGUUAAGAACCAAAAGGGGGAGCUACUUGCUAAGCUUAGUCAGCUGCAAAAGAAGGUCCUUAUUGGUGGGGAAAACUUACUGGAAAAAGCUGAAAUUCAACGUGAACUGUUGAACUUUAGCGCCAAAGAGCUUCGGAUGCUCGACAGCUCGCAUCAGCUCCUGCAAGAAUCUUUGGAGGAGAAAAAGCUGCAGAAGCACCUGUUUGAACGCAAGAGCUUAUCUUUACAAGAGGAAGAUAAGCUGCUGGACUUCCACCUAAAAGAAACCCAAAAGAAGCUGAAUAAAGCAAAAACACUGCUCUACAACAAAGAGGCGGAGUAUCAGAACGAGAUCAGCAGCCUCCUGUACACCAACAAAUGUUUAGCAAAAGACAUGGGCCUGGCCCAUUAUAUUAUUAGCAAAACCAUCCCUCAGGAGCACCUCGGAACCAUCCAGGAGAGCGUUUAUUACGACGAGGAGUCGCAGGAGUUUAGGUUGAAGUUCAUAGCGCAUUGUGGGAAUAAUUUGAAGAAAAUUAGCUUGGGGCAUGUGGAGGCUUCUCGGGUCGGUUCUAAUGCAAUGAGGAGACGUUACCGGAAGUACCCUAAUGAGAAAUAACUUUUUUGUUUUUUAACUAUUAAGGGUAAAGAGGGGGUAGUGCUGAUAAGGCAUGUUGAUAUAGAGCAAAUACAAGCUAAAUGUGUGAAUUUUAUUAAAGUUUUAAUAAAAUUAUGAUCUUUUCUCGA